AUGGCUCUAACUAAUUCUAGACCGUUGCAAAUUCCAACAAUGGAAAAUGAGAUGUUACAUAACAGUACGUCCCCAAUUUUCCAACUCAGUGCCUUGAAUCUGAAUGCCAACGCAAGAAACCUUGCGGCCAACAGCAACAUUAUCACUUCGUUUCCUGGCUCAGAGACAGUGGACCUACUGGAUGUUAAUCCUGCCAUGAACCCAAUUGCUACCGGUAACCAAGCAACUCCUACUAAAAACAGAAACAACAGUAGCGCGGAUGACACAAGUUCUAACAGUGGCAAGUCAUCUAAUAGCACAAAGACAAAGAAGGACAGUGUCUCAUCUAAGAAGGAGAAUCCUUUAUUGGAGGUCUCCAAAUUGAUUCCUGUUACAGGUGAGCGACCAGCCCCCGAGGAUAGAACACCACCACUGAACGACGAUGUGCUAUUUGCUGUAUUUGUCAUCCUAUGGGAGAGUGACGUCAAACAAAAUGGGCUGACUGUUAAACAGUUAUGUGAUAUCUUGCUUGCAAAACAUCCCGAAAUGUCUAACCUAUCGACAAAACUAUCUAACUUGAUCUCUGCGAAAUUAAAUGCUUAUGUCAAGAAGAUCGAAAAGGGUGAAAAAACAAUGAAAUAUGCUAUCUCUAGGGAAUGGUCCAACUCUUCUCCAAGAAGGAUGCUUUAUAUUUACAGAGGUAUCUUGACUGCAGACUACAAAGAACAUGCCAAGAAGGUCACAGAUCAACUAAAACAGCAAAUGGCUGAAGAAAAUGAGGCAAAACAAGAAUCCCAAAUGGGUGAAUCCUCUUUCUUUAAUGGAAACACAGUCAACUCUUCUCCAAACAACCUAACAAUAGACAAUGUGAUGAAUAAAGGAAAUAUUAACCUCUCUACCAACACUGGAUUCACUUUGAGUCCAGGUUUCAAUAUUCCAUAUUCUUCGUCCCCUGUGUCUGUAACACUAAAUCAAAACACACCAAAUAAACCUGCUAUAACGAGCAGUGAUAACAACAAGAAAAAAACAACCAAACAAAAAUCUAAUGACCUAACGAACAAACAAACAGAUACUAAUGACACAAGGAAGAGGAGUAACGAUAAUAUGAAGAAUGAAAAUGGAUCAAAUAGCAACAACGUCGUUGUUAAUAGCAAAAAUCUAACAACACCACAGAACAAAAAACAAAAGAUGAACAACAACAAUAGAAAUGUUGAAUCUACAGUAAAUUCUUCUCGUUCUACAACCAUGACUCCAACAUUACUAGAUGGAGUUAGUAACGGUAAUAAUACAACCACAACUCCAGCUAAUUCUACUGGAGUAUCUGCAUCUUCCCACAAACAAUCUUCUUAUAUUACUGCUGUCGCAGCCGCACCAAGGAUCUCUAAAUUACUUCCAAAAUCGGGUAUAAGGUCAAACAUUUCAAAUCAUAUUCCGCAUAAUGGUAACAAUAGUUUAGUUACUAUGUUCCACCAAACACCUUGCUCUCCAAAGAUGGAGUCUGAAAGCAUAUCAGAGGACGGUAUGUCAGAAGACAAUGCUUGGUUAAAGAUUGUGAGAGAGGGUUUUUUAACUAAGGAUAUUCAAUCUCCAGAAUCUAUUAGCUUAGAUGAGUUGGAUAGUAUCAUCUAA